CUGAGCUGAACUACUACUGCACUUCUCAGCUGCCAAGGGAAGGCUGUGCUUCCUUUGAAGAACUAAUUCAUCUACCUUCAAACUUAGCUGUUGCUUGGGCAGAAAAACUUUAUUAGUAACAAUUGCAUUUGUACUGCUGAUAUAGAAACAGCCAUGUAUGUCAACAAGUCUGAAGAACAGGGACCAUUCAGAGGAGGGUCUUUGGACUCGGUAAACCCUACUAAUGAGGAGAAGCAGCUCAACAAUGAAGCCAGUAAAUUUGGAGACCAUCAGGACAACAGGAGCAUCUCCACUGGAAGACCCACCAGCUCCAAGAAAGACGUUUCAACCAUAAUAUUCUCCCUGAAAAAUGAAGUUGGUGGUCUCAUCAAAGCACUUCGGCUUUUUCAGGAAAAACACGUCAACCUUGUUCACAUUGAGUCCCGCAAGUCCAAACGAAGGAAUUCCGACUUUGAGAUCUUUGUGGAUUGUGACACUGACAAUGAACAGCUCAAGGAGCUGACUCAGCUGCUAAGGGAGCAUACCGAUAUAGUUGAGAUAACUCCAUCAGAGAACUUCACUAUACCUGAGGAUGAUAUUGCUGGUGUGCCCUGGUUCCCGCAGAAGAUCUCUGAAUUGGAUCUGUCUGCUAACAGAGUUUUGAUGUAUGGCUCUGAGUUAGAUGCUGACCAUCCGGGAUUCAAAGACAACAUGUACCGUAAAAGAAGACAAUAUUUCGCUGAUUUGGCUAUGAGCUACAAACUUGGCGAUCCCAUCCUUCGUGUAGACUUCACAUCAGAGGAGGUGCGUACCUGGGGGGUGGUGUACAGGGAGCUCAACAAGCUGUACCCCAGCCAUGCCUGCACAGAGUACCUAAAGAACCUGCCCCUGCUGACCAAAUACUGCAACUACAGCGAGGACAACAUCCCCCAGCUGGAGGACGUCUCACACUUCCUCAAGGAGCGCUCAGGCUUCAUCAUUCGCCCAGUAGCAGGGUACCUCUCCCCCAGAGACUUUCUCGCAGGCCUGGCCUUCAGAGUGUUCCACUGCACUCAGUAUAUCCGCCACAGCUCCGACCCUUUGUACACACCUGAACCAGACACAUGCCAUGAGCUGCUGGGUCAUGUUCCUCUGCUGGCGGAGCCCAGCUUCGCCCAGUUCUCUCAGGAGAUUGGUUUAGCUUCGCUGGGAGCUUCAGAUAAUGCUGUUCAGAAACUGGCCACAUGUUAUUUCUUCACAGUGGAGUUUGGUCUCUGUAAGCAGGAGGGCAGGCUAAGGGCCUAUGGAGCUGGACUCCUAUCCUCCAUCAGUGAACUCCAGCAUGCUUUGUCUGGCAAGGCCCAUAUCCUUGAGUUUGACCCCGUGGUGACGUGUAACCAAGAGUGCAAAAUAACUACGUUCCAAGACGUUUACUUUGUUUCUGAGAGUUUUGAGGAGGCCAAGAACAAAAUGAGGGAAUUUGCUAAGACCAUAUGGCGUCCAUUCACAGUACGCUACGACCCCUACACCCAGAGUGUGGACGUCCUGAAGGACACCAACAGCAUCAACAGCAUGGUGAAAGACAUCCGGCAUGAGCUGGACAUUGUAGAAGACGCCCUAAACCGACUCCACAGACACCUGACAGACUAAGAAAAGACAUGAUGGAGUUGAGUCAAGUUAUAAUUAUACAGUAGUUGUGACUUGUUGCCUCAUGGUUAGACAGACAUAUAGAUGUUGUGUACAGCUGCAGACUGAUGUGCAACAAAACUGACAAGGAGGGUGAGGGAUAUGUACACACCGAUGUAGUUCUGACAAGAGAUUUACUUAAACGAAAAGACCUGUGUGAGUGCACCAUGCUGUAUUUUUUUACCCAAAAGUAGCUUAUUAAGUGUGCUAAUCCCGACCGAUGCUGCUGGUGUCGUUACACAGGUGUCCCUCACAACAAUAUACUAAUAUUUAUUUAUUCUGCAGCAUUGGUUAUUCUGAAGCGUGACAACCUUGAGUCUGAAAAGUAAAGCCAAUGCAUGAAAAGACAACUCCACUGGUUGCAAAAAGAGGUCCAAUUUCAUAGAAGUUUAUGAGAAAAUGACUCCUGUCAAUCGAUGUAUUACCCUGGUAAAAAUGUUCUUAAUGAGUUUAUGGUCUCAAUUGCUAGUUUUCUCAAAACAGCACAAUGUUUAUUUUGUAUGUGAAUUUAUUAGUUGCAUUAAGAGUAAAAUACACAAUAAAGCUAGGUAUGUUUUAUGGCGUACAUUGUGAUUGACAGGUCACUUCCAGACAAAUGUCCGUGUUUUUGUCUUUCAUAUGUUUUUCAGUUUGUGAUCGUGAGUUGAUACAUUUUAGGAUUCAAAAGGCUUCAUAGCCAUCCACAAAUGGUGACUAUGUCCACGUCCUAUAUGAACUAUACUUUUAUUGUACUGGGCACGAGACUAGUUAAAGUUGAGUAGACUUAUCUGAACACCAAAAAAAAAAGCUUAGAGCUUGGCUGUUUUAAUUUAAAAUGUACUAAAUGUAACAAGUAAUGUGAGAAUACAUAAUUGUAUGAUUGAUUUCACUUAUCAUAACAACGACAAAAGUGUGGAGUGAUAAUGUCUUGUCUAUAGGGGUACCUUAAUGUAGUAAUUUAUGUUAAGUUUUCCAUGUAUACAUAUGUAUAAUGAAUUAAAAAUAUAAUAUUAUUUAAAUACAUCAAAAUUCUAAAUUCGGGUUCAUGCUUUGUUUUGUCUUUCCUCUGUUAACGGAGCAUAAGGAGCUGUUGUUGAUAGCAUUGGAUUACAAUAUCUUUGUUAAAUGGAAGUGGAACAGUUUAUAUCAAUACAAAUACAUAUAGCUGGCAUACAAGCACAUUAUUUUUGACAUAUUUUUAUGAAAGUACUUAUUGUGGUUUUUGGGGAUUUCCAUUUCAUGUAGUGUGUGCUAUAGAUUUACACACAUGUGAAUGGUCUUCAAAGGUUCAAAUGCUUCUGUUCCCUCGAGAGGGAGUACACAUUUAAAUAAUUGUUAGCAUUGUUAAUCACUGCAGGCUGCAUUUACACUCUUGUUUUAUUGCAUUAUUGUGUCUGUAUGUUGUUUCUUGAAAAGGGAGACAAGAAAACAAAGUAAGAGACAAUUUAAACAUGUCCUUACCUACUUUUCUGCGAUGCACUGCUCAUACCACAAGGUGGAACCGUAACACGCACAAUGGUGCCGGGCAGAUACCCACAAUAAAUUAUCUCACUUCAGGAAAAGCUGAGCAAAGCAGCCACUCAUUUAACAAGGUGGACAGCUAUUUGCAAAUUUACUUCAAUAUAACGAUCAUUAACAUAUAGGCAUAUUAAGCAACUAACGCACUUAGAUUUAAUGUGAAUGCAUUGAGCUACAAAAAGCACAUUUAAUAAAGGUAAGUCAAAUCAAGUAGCACAGGCUUUGCAGCGUACGGUAUUGCUCAAAUAAUUAGAGGAACUCAUUAGCAUGUAAUGUUAAACUGUAAAACCAUCUGCGGUGACCUAUUUUGCAACAGAAAGUGUACUUUUUUCGAACUCCAACUAUUUCUCUCGGCUAGCUUGUUGAGAUGAAUCUUAAAUAAAAGAAGGACGCCACUAUAUUGAAAUGGAUUGAUGUGUACAGGUUUUUUUUUUUUAAUCAAAAACAUUUACAGGUAUGUUAAUUGACGUCCAAGAAAAAUAUGUUAUAGACCUGGAUCUGAAUCUGAAUGUUCUUGGAAAUAAUUAGUUUUUGGAAAUUUCAAAAGAUAAUAUUUGCUCAAAUUUAAGAGUUAGCUUUACAGGUUGCACUUUAAAAAACAUUCUAUGUAGCCUCCAUAGGUAGGCCAUCAUGGCAUCAACAGCUGAAAUAUUAUGGACAAUCCUAAUGUACAGCAUUACUAGACUGUAUUGAUAUAAAAAAAAAAAACAUUCAGAGGGGGCAUAUUUCCUCCAGAAGAAGCUGUUAAUGCAAAGUGGUGAAUUUCUCCUGGAGUGGGGAUUAUCCAUCCUCCACUGAGCACGACAUGCUACUGGUUCUGCUCAGCAUUCACCCAGAUUCAGAUUCAGAUCUACAAUACCUUUCUAAUAGAUGUACCUGUAACAGUAUUUGAUAAAAAAUAAUGACAGUCGAGACGUCAAUCCUUUUCAGGAUAAUGGCGUCCUUCACAUUUAUUUGCUUCAUUUGUGUGAAAUGUGUAAUGCUGUAUUUUGAAUGUGUAUUAUGUCUGCAUAUUUUACUAAAUACUGUUCACUUAAUGAAAUACUGUUUUAUGUUGUCUUAAUCUUUACUGUCCCUUUGC